AUGAGUGAAAGUGGGUAUACGUUGAUAUAUGAGCCAAAUACGGCUAGCAAGGUUUCCGUAAAUGAAUACAAAACCUUGUUGGAAAAGGGAAAGGACGAUGUUAAAGUUGAUACAAUGAAGAAGAUCAUAAUCACCGUACUUAAUGGUGACCCUUUACCCGAUCUUUUGAUGCACAUCAUUAGGUUUGUCAUGCCAUCCAAGAAUAAAGAAUUGAAGAGAUUGUUGUAUCAUUACUGGGAGGUUUGUCCAAAACUUGACAGUUCAGGUAAAAUGAGACAUGAAAUGAUUCUUGUUUGUAAUGCGAUACAGCGUGACUUGCAACAUCCCAACGAAUACAUUAGGGGUAUCACGUUGAGAUACUUGACCAAGUUGAAGGAGCCUGAGUUGUUGGAGACUUUGGUCCCCAAUGUUCGCCAGUGCCUUGAGAACAGACACGCGUAUGUGCGUAAAAAUGCUGUUUUCGCACUUUGGUCGAUCCACAAGGUCAGUGAUCAUUUAUGCCCUGAUGUUGAUGAAUUAGUCUACCGCUUUUUGUACGAUGAGAAUGAUUCGGUUUGCAAGAGGAAUGCAUUUGUUUGUCUUGGUGACUUGAAUAGGAAUGCCGCGUUGCAGUACAUCCAAGAUAACAUCAGUGUCAUUGAUACCUUGGAUCCAUUAUUGCAAUUGAGUUUUAUUGAGUUUUUCAAAAAGGAUUCAUUGUUGAACCCAGCUUUGAAGCAACAAUAUGCCCAAUUGGUCACUGAAAUGGUUGAAAGCUCAUCCAAUGUCGUUAUGUACGAAGCAGCAAAUGCGUUAACAUCCUUGAGCUCAAAUUCAGCUUCUAUUCUUUUGGCAGGAAGCAAGUUUGUUGAGUUGGCCAACAAAGAAGCCGACAACAACGUAAAGAUUAUUACCUUGGAAAGAAUCAAGGAAUUGAACAAACAACACCCAGGAGUUUUGCAAGAUUUAUCAUUGGAGAUUUUGAGAGUCUUGUCUUCACAAGAUGUGGCUGUGAGAAAGAAGGCAUUGGAUGUUACUCUCGAGUUUAUUACCUCGAGAAACGUGGAGGACGUUGUAAAAUUGUUAAAGAAGGAGUUACAGGCCACCAGCUCAUCCAAUGACGAUAAGAAUAUGGAAUACAGACAGUUGUUGAUCAACGCUAUCCAUCAAUUGGCCAUCAAAUUUGUUGAAGUUGCUGCAAAUGUCAUUGAUUUGUUGUUGGACUCUAUUGCCGAUUUGAACUCCACAUCAGCAUAUGAGGUCAUAACCUUUGUGAAAGAGGUUGUUGAAAAAUUCCCCGAUUUAAGGGAUUCUAUUAUCAAGAAGCUUAUUCAGACAUUGCCCAAUGUCAAGAGUGGCAAGGUGUUUAGAGGUGCCUUUUGGGUUAUUGGUGAAUACGCUUUGGAUGAACAUUUGAUACAGGACGCAUGGAAGUAUAUCAGAUCCAGUAUUGGCGAAGUACCUAUUGUAGCAAGUGAGUUGAAAGCAAAAGAGCCGGCCAAUACAGAAGGAGGUGAAGACGAGGAACAUCCACACAAAAAGAAGGGUCCUACUGUUUUGCCAGAUGGUACUUAUGCCACUGAGUCUGCUUUAACUGCUGAGGUCAAUGGUAGUGGGUACGAAGACGAGACGAAAACUCCAGUUAGAAAACAGUUGCUUGCUGGAGAUUUCUAUCUAGGGGCAGUAUUGUCAUCGACACUAGUCAAGUUGAUACUUCGUUUGCGCAAAUUGAACACCCAACCCAAGAUUUUGAAUGCUUUGAAAGCAGAGGCAUUAUUGAUCAUGGUGUCAAUUUUGAGAUUGGGAGAGAGCUCGUUGGUCACAAAGAAGAUUGAUGAAGAUUCUGCGGAUAGAAUUUUUGCUUACAUUAAAAUUUUAAAUGACGAGCAAGAUGUGCAAGAGAUAACCACGAGUUUCCUUGAUGACACUAAAGACGCUUUCAAAGCUCAAAUUACUGAUGUUGAGGCAAAGAAGGCAGAAGAGGAGGCUAGAGACUUGCAUGCAAAUGCCGAUCAAAUAGAUGAUGCGAUCGUGUUUAGACAGCUUGAUAAGGACAACAAGGCAGGCCAGAAGGUGGCUGAUGAUCUUGCGGUAGCCUCUGGAAGUGACUUGAAGAAGGAGAAUUUGUCAUCGAGAUUGAGCCACAUAUUGCAGUUGACUGGAUUUUCGGAUCCAAUAUACGCAGAAGCUUUUGUGAAAGUGCACCAAUACGAUGUAGUGUUGGAUGUGCUUUUGGUUAACCAGACAACAACAACGUUGCGUAAUCUUUCAGUCGAAUUUGCAACAUUGGGUGAUUUGAAAGUUGUCGACAAACCAACCACCACAAACAUCGGCCCACACGGAUUUUACAAAAUUCAAACCACAAUCAAAGUUACAUCUGCCGAUACGGGUGUCAUUUUUGGAAAUAUUAUAUACGACGGACACCAUUCUGACGAAUCUACGAUUGUGAUUUUGAACGAUGUCCACGUUGACAUUAUGGACUACAUUAAACCUGCUGUUUGUACCGAAAGCCAAUUCCGCAAGAUGUGGAAUGAGUUUGAAUGGGAGAACAAGAUCACCAUCAAAUCGCCAAUAAGCUCUUUGAAAAACUAUCUUGACGAGCUAAUGAAGGGAACCAACAUGGAGUGCUUGACACCGGGAGCUGUUGUUGGAGAAGAAUGCCAAUUUCUCUCAGCAAAUUUGUACUCAAGAUCGACAUUCGGCGAAGACGCAUUGGCCAACUUGUGUAUCGAGAAGCAAAGCGAUGGUCCUAUUAUUGGACACGUUAGGAUAAGAUCAAAGGGCCAAGGAUUGGCAUUGAGUUUGGGUGACAGAGUUGCGUCGAUAUCCCGGAAAGGCAAAAAUGCUGUAGUUACUCGUGUUUAG